AGGAGUGCAAGACAGGCUUAGCCUCCUUACGUUGGCAUUAUUCAGCUGAACUCAAAACGAUGUGGCAAACAUCGCGGAGUGGCUUAUGCGGGAUCACACAUAAACCAAGCAUGUGGUGGUUCGACCUUUUGGCAUUUUUGAAAGACCACAUAAUGCCAAGAAAACCACUGACAAAUAUACCACACUCUGUUGCAAGUAUUAAUUUUUGUCACCCUGUCAUUGCACAUUUUCUGCAUUAUUUUCCGCCAUCAGAAGCAUCAAAAAACAUCGCUGAGAAUGUCAAGGUGGAAGUUAUUGUGGAAUUGAGUGCCGUAGAGGACAGCACUGAUUACUCACAAGACAUAUUUUCAGUGGGGCUGCAGAUUAGAACAGUUCACCAUUUACCUGUCAGUGCUUACCAGAAAUAUCUAAAGUGGGGCACUAUGGCCAAUUCAAAAAUAGUGGAAGAGUGAGACCAAAGAUGUCCUGGCAAGCAGUACACCAUCAAUGCUGCAAGACAUCCAAACAGCAAUGAAUGGCAGCAAUGAGGAUGACAAGUUUGGCCAAUAUGUCGCAGCUGAGCUGUAGACAAUUAAAAAUAGAAAAUUAAGUGCCUUAUCAUGAUUGCCUCCAUGGUACAAUUAAAAAAAGAUACUGACUGUAAAUUUUUAAAUAAAAGAUUGAAAAU